AUGGCCCCCGCGACUGACAAGAAGCGCAAGCACGCCGCAGAAAAUACCUCCCCACACAAAAAGGCGAAGAAGGAUGAGCCACCCAAGAAGGACAAGGGCAAGGCGCGCGCCACUCCCGCCGACUCUGAGUUCCAAGUCGUCAAGGCUUCCCUCGUCAUCUCCAUCCCUCCCGCUUUCACUGCCGACCCUUCGCGAGGUGCGCUUGAGAUGCUAGACUCGAUGGUCAUGAGAUACAUACCAGCCUUCCAAGGCGUCGUCCUCUCUCACUCCCACCUCGAAUUCCUCUCCCGCGCUGCCCAAAUCCGUAAUGAAUGUCCCUUCCUCGUCUGCAAGAUUGGCUUCAGCGCCACCGUGUGGCACCCGCAUAUAGGGCAGAAGCUAGUUGGCAAGAUCAACCUGUCAUCUCCCGACCACAUAUCCCUCCUCCUCCACCGCACCUUCAACGUCUCCAUCCCACGUCGACAUAUACCCGAAGGCCAAUGGGAGUUUGAGUACGGCGCUGCAGAGAACGAUCCCGAAUUUGGCCCCGCUGCUGCAGAUGUAGAAGCGGACGAAGACGAGAAACCAGUCGAAAGUGACACGGGAGGCCGAUGGGUGCAUCAUCUGACGCGCGAGCCAUUGGGCGGAGACGCGAAGUAUCUAUCCUUCACCGUCAUUGGCUUGACCAUUGCAAACGACAUGCUAUCACUCAUCGGCUCCAUACAACCAGACCCUUUCGAUCCUCGCCACGAUGCCGCCCCUUCGCGAUCACAAGAAGUCGAAGACGAGGAGGAGGAUAUUUCCGCGGCACCGUUACGCGCUUCCCCAUCUGACGAUGAGGACGCCGGCGUAGCGAAGGUGGACCGGGAAGAGGAGGAAGAUGCCGAAGGUCUCUUACAGAAGCUGGGUCGGGAGGCCGACAAGGUCGCGGCCAAAGCAGCCAAGAAGGAGAAGAGAAAGAAGGACGGGGAGAGCAAGAAGGAGAAGAAGCGGAGACGCGAGACGGAGGCCGCACCAGAGGCAGCGCCUCAACCAGUUGAAGGGAAGAAGAAGCGGAGGAAAGGAUCAGCCUUAUGA